CGCCAAUCGAGCAAUAAUAGAAUUUUGCUGCGCUGCCGAAUUUUCGCGAAAUUCACCGGAAAACGCACGUAAGCGGGCCAAAACUGCACUAAAAUAUGCACAACUAGAAAGGCCAUCCAUAAACCAUAAGAAACGCAAAGCAAAAGACGCGGAGCAGACAGGGAACAAACAGCAAACAUCAUGGCGCCCACCCCCUUGCCCCUCGAGCAAAUGCCUGGUGUUGGCGGUGGCGGAGGAGGCUACCUGCCCGCUGCCCAGGAGGGCGGCCCCCGGAUCAACACCAUGUCCAUGUCGGUGCUGAUCGACUUCAUCAUCCAGCGGACGUAUCAUGAACUAACUGUACUGGCUGAACUAUUACCACGCAAAACGGACAUGGAACGCAAGGUGGAGAUCUACAACUACGCGGCACGCACCCGCCAUUUGUUCACCAGGCUGAAUGCGCUGGUCAAAUGGGGCAACUCGGUGUCCAAGGUGGACAAAUCGUCGCAGAUAAUGAGCUUCCUGGACAAGCAGAACAUGCUUUUUGUGGAGACCGCCGACAUGCUGGCGCGCAUGUCUCGUGAAACUUUGGUUCGUGCUCGAUUGCCCAACUUUCACAUACCCGCCGCCGUCGAAGUUCUGACUACUGGCACAUAUAAUCGUCUACCCACCUGUAUACGCGAGCGUAUUGUGCCGGCCGAUGCAAUUACGCCGGCGGAGAAGAGACAGACACUGCUCCGCCUGAACCAAGUCAUCCAGCACCGCCUGGUCACAGGAAAACUUUUGCCCCAGAUGAGAGAAUUUCGCAUUCGCAACGGACGAGUCACCUUCGAGGUGAAGCACGAGUUUAGCGUUUCACUGACCGUAAUGGGGGAUAAUCCCACAGUACCUUGGCGGCUGCUGGACAUCGAUGUGCUCGUAGAGGACAAGGAGACGGGAGACGGAAAAUCGCUGGUGCAUCCGCUGCAGGUCAACUACAUCCAUCAGCUCAUCCAGGCACGCCUAGUAGAGAAUCCCAAUGCUCUUAGCGAGGUCUACAACUGUCUGCACUACUUCUGCCAAUCCCUGCAGCUGGAGGUUCUGUACACGCAGACCCUGCGUUUGAACUACGAAAGACUGGACGACAACAAUAUAACUGUGGAAGAGUACGUACCAGGCGUAAAACUGACGGUGUCGUAUUGGCGUGAUCUAAAGUCGGAGCUGGGCUACCGCCUAACCGUUCAAUCGGAUCCCAGCGAGAUCGGGCGUCCGUUGGCAGUGGUCCACGUGCCCUCACUGGGCGCCAAGGAGUCUGCCGAAGUGGCGGAUCGGGCCGUACGCUCUGAACACCUUUCGAUGGAGCGCCUAAUUGUACAUACUGUCUACAUACGAUCGGUGUCCAGGCUGAGCGAUCUCAAGCUGGAGUUUCAGGCUUUUUUGAAAGAUGUUGACUGUGAGUUCAACCUCCAAGGAACUCCUGCUAUUUUGACCGUCCCCGUACUCUCGCCCUGUCUGAGGGCCGAGCAGAUUCACAUCACCAUUGACACCCACACAGGCAUGUUCCGUUGUCAUGUGCCCAAGCAUCUGGACUGUCCGAUAAUGGAGGAGAUGCAGGACUGCCUCAAUGGGGAUCGCAGCAAGCUGCCCGCUUUGCUUUCGGAGCUGCGCUUUUGGAUCACCCAUCGGAGGUGCGACAAAACCCUACAACAUCUUCCGGCUACGGCCACCGAGACACUUCCAUUUCUUGUGCAGCCUGAUCAGGAGAUUUUGCAGCCGGGCAGGCACAAGAUUUAUGUCAAGCUGCACAGGCAUCCAAAUAUUGUUUUGGUGGUUCAACUCAAGGAAAAGACUACCAUGCCCAACGAAAUGGAAUACACCUUUCACCUGGGCUUCGUGGCCUACCAAAAGGACGAGCUGGAUGUUAUAGACGACUCCGCCAUGCAGCUGGUGUCUAUAGUGGCCCAACCGCAUUCGGACAUUCCAAAGUGUUACACCAAGCUGAUGCGCCUUAUUGAGUUUGAUACUUUUGUUGCCACUCAUGGACCUGGCACUGAGGUGGACGCGGAGGUUUCCCCGCACAAACGAAAGUCGAAUGGGGAUUUGCUGGCUCCUCCAGCUAAACAACAAAAGACCAUAUUUCCUGCCUACUUCAUUCCCGAGCUGGCUCAUGUGGUGGCCAUGUGCGAUGAAAAGAUACCGUUCAUGAACCUAGCCCAGACGCUGUCCAAGCACAAUAUUCCCCACAGCGGACUGCAGGUGGAAGCGAAUGCCACGUCACUUGUUCUGAAGAUACUGGCCUUACCACAGCCAGGAAAAACAACCUUUGCAACCCAACAACAGCAGCAACAGGGAGCACCUGCAGUGGCAGGAGAAAAUAAGCCAAGUGGUACCUCUGGACUGCCGAAAAUCGACUCCCACGUGUGGGACGACCUAAUGCGUCGCGUUCUCUCCAUAUCGAUUCGUUCACAGACCAACAAGAACAGCCAGGUCCGGAUCUGGGUAGUGGAGUUCGUCUUCUACAGCACACCGCUGCAAAGUAGCCAUCCGAAGGAGCAGGGCAGUCGGCGGACUGUUUACCUCACCUACGAACAGGCGAACUACGACUUUUCAAAAACAGUUGAGGAUUUGCUAAACGACUGGUCGAAAAUCGUGUACCUUUACACGCUGGUUUACGACUUUGCUGAGCAGCUGCUAAAUAAACGUCUUUCCCUUUGUGACAUGCUAGUGGUCAAGUCAUACAGCUACAUGAACCUGCUCCUCGGAUACGGACCCAAAAAAGAGGUGAGCUGCAAUAUCUAUUGGUCGGUGCAAUCCCACGGCUUCCGACUGACGUUCGUCGGCGGAAUGUCAGCUGUAAACGGGCACUCAAUGAUGCGUGACCAGCUGGCGCAACACUUGAACCAGCAGCAUAGCAUCACCCAAAUCGCCCAGAUUCUCCAUGAAACCUACAACCCGUUGAGCUCCAUUGCCAAGCUGCCGGUGCUGCCCUUCUUGGGGAUACCGCGCCCUCAGGUGCCAGUGCUAUCGUUUUGCGUGUUGGCACAAUCGCCGUGCCUGAUAAGGUUGACAUAUCAGGCAGUGUACUGCCUGGAGUUGCGUUUCCGUGCCAACAGACUCGUAUCCAUCCGAGAUGGAGCGAGCAGUCGCUUCGAGCGUAACGUCGUGGAAGAGUUCACGCCCAUUCAGGGUCUGAAAGCCUUCCUCUCCAAGUACGUGGACGAGUCGGCGGUCUACAGGGGACGGGCCUCCCACGAGGACGACAAUCCGCUGUCACCAAUGGGAAUGGAGGACAACUUCGGUGGACCGAGCAGUGUUGCGGGGGUAAGUGCUGGUGGAUCCUCACCAUUUUUGGGUACUGGAAUGCGGGGACCGCAGUCGCCGAGAGACAGUGGCCUGCGUUUUCCUGCCCCCCACACUCCGCCCUCCAGUUCAAAUCCGCACACACCCGCCAGUCCGCAUCCAAGUGCGGGGGCAGGUGGCGGCAGUGGACCCCAGGGACACGGCAACUUCAACCUGACGUCACCGCCAGCGCCACAUAUGCCACAUCCGUCGCCAAGCGGCUUGAUGCCGUCGUCUCCGCUAAAUCCUCAGCCCAGUCCCCACAUGGUCCAUAGUCCUGGACCCAACACGCUCUACAUGCAGAGCCACCAGGACUCUCCCUUCACCGCCAUGUCGCCGGCGAAUAACAAUUGGCCCGGAUCCCCCAGCAUGCCGCGCCCAUCUCCACGACCCGGACAGAGUCCUGAUCACAAGAGCACCGGUGGUGGAGCAGGAGUGGCCGGUGGAACGGAUAGAGGAGGCUCUCGGGGCACUCUCAAUCGGCCCUGGGCUGGAGCAGUACCUACUCUCCUCACCCAUGAAGCUUUGGAGACUCUGUGUCGUCCCAGUCCGUAUCCGAACAAGGAUAUCAAUGUGCCGGACAUGAGUCCUCUAGAGCGUUUUCUAGGCUGCGUUUAUAUGAGAAGGCAAUUGCACAGAAACAUUCAGAGCGAGGAGACGCUUACCGCCCUAAACAGUACAGAACCAGGAGUGGUGCUCUUCAAGGUCGAUGGACUGCAGUGCCAGGUGGUGCUGAAUCAGAUGCACAUGCAGACGCUGCACCUCAAAGUCUCUCAGCUGCCGCCCAUGCCCGACAAGCAUCCGCCGCCGUUCCAGCUUAGCCAGGACGAUCUGCUGGUUAUAGAGCAGUACUUUGACACCAGAGUGGCAGCUCCACCAUACCGACCCAAUUCCCUGCACAGCAUCUGCCGGCUGUUGAACCUGCCCGCCCAGGUACUUAAGGAUUUCGUACAGAUCAUGCGUUUGGAUUUGAAGCCGGAGCUGGGUGGCGACCAGUUGAAAUGGACGGUGCAGAUAUGUUUGCGCAUGCCGCCCUCGGCGGUUCCCAUUGUGCCCAGUGGCAAUGCAUGCGUGGUUAUGGGUCGCAUGAAGAUACUGUUCUUCCUGCAAAUCACGAGGAUACCCUACGGCGCGGUCAUAGGCGUGGGCAAGGACUGGAAGGACAGCCCCUCUUUGGUGUUGCCCAUUGUGUACGACAUUCAGACGAACGUCACCCAGCUGGCGGAACGCACAGGACAAGUGAUCUCGCCCACAAUGACCGCUGCUAGCACUCUUCUUCGACGCUUUGCCGAGUUCAAUGCGCAACAGAAUCAGUGUACGCUCUUCCCAGCCAUUACGGAUCUUCUGACGAACCUCCAGCUGGCUGCCGAGAUGCCACAGCCCCCACCCAACCAAUCCAUAGGACCUCCCGUAGGCGUGGGUGUCGGAGUGGGAUCCAGUCCGAAUCCGAUGAUGCCCAUGCAGCAGCUGCCGCAGCAAGUGGGACCGCAGGGCCCAGUGGGUCCCGGCGGCUACCCGCAGAUGGGCCCCAAUCCCGGUGGCCCGCAGUGAUGAAGGCGCAAGCGCCGCGCCUCCUCGCAGCAGCCGUGAGCUGAAGGACUGUGAGCUGGCAACCCGGAACGGCGACCGAUUAUUUAUAAACGAGUUUAUUGGAUAAGAGUACACAGAACACCCUCUACUCUGGGGUGAGUCGAUUUGGAAUCUCAAAAAUCGUAGCAAAAAAAAGUAAACCAUGAUCAGUUUUGAAGUUUGCCAAAACUGCUCAUAGUUCGCUUUCUGUCCCUAUAAUUUUGUAGAUUGUUCUAAUACCAAGAAAUCGAUCCACUCCACGAUACACUAUUUAGUUAAUGUUUGUAUUUGUAUUUGUAUUCGGCAAAUCCAGAAGUAACUGGAAUUGCCAAAUAAUAUUUUAAGCUUUCUGGGUACCAUGGAAAGUCUGCUUUGGUAGUCCUUAAGAUUCCAUUUCACCAAUAUUGAGGUGUUCCUGUUGACCAAGGACCAAACAUAUUUCGCAUGCGUAAGACAGCAGCCAUCUGACCCAAGAAAAGAAAAGAAAAGCACAUCUCAUUUGGGGAUCAGAUGCUAUAUACAUUUUAUUGCGCUGUACUCCCUGAAAUAUUGGGCAUGAAAACAAAUUACACAUCCAAGAUUAUAAAUUGUUAACUAAACAGUGCGGCUAGUGCGGCUAUGUAAUAAAAAGAUUAUCGAUUAUCUAU